CGAUUGAUUCGCCAUUUCGUACUUGUAUAACGACUCAGGUCGCGUAUUGCGGAGCCGAUUGUGUAUACAUAUGCCAACUAGUGCAUUAUUCUACACCUACAUAACAUUUUGUACGUGUACCUACGACGCACUGGUCAUAUACCGUACUAGACAUCGACGUGUCACCCAGUAACACUGUACUUGAAAGGCUACACGAACAUUUCUACAAGCUAUUGUUCCUGUUAACUGAAGUUUACGUCUCAUUGCCAAACCAUAGAAAUUUAGAAGACAACGGCGUCAAUACAUGUGGGCGGAGGGACGCCGAGUUUCCGCGUACGAGGCAGAACUGUGUUACACCAUCAACAGUAAAUGUGGACAGAAUUAACCAAUGCACAUACAAAAUGUAGUAAUGUCUGGCUGUUACUUUAAUUGAUCUUAUCAAAUAUUCGGUUGUGUUUUAAAAAAAUAUUCUUAUCUGCUAAGCAGUCACAGAAGAAAUAGUUUUCUGGUUUGGUCAUGUUAUAAGGUAAAUUUGUCAUCUAAUUAAUUUACAGUUGCUCAACGUAUUCACAACAUGACCAAAAAUAGAAAACGUUGAAAAUUUCACUUAUCUUUUCAAAAUAACGUAAGAUAUUUUGAUUAUAAAUGACGUCAUUUUUUUGCCGUAUAAGCUUGUUUUAUCACUUUGCCUUUGCGACGACAAUAUCAAUGGCGCCGACUUCAGGGAAGAUAGAAAAACACCGAAAGCUGUUGGACGUAAAGAUUGCAACGAAUCGACUUUGACAUCAAGGAGUUUCGAUAAACACAUCUUCUCUUCUCUCAUGACAAAAUCGAUAGCUCACGGAUAGCUAUUAGAUUGAUUCCAGACAUUAAGAAUUGACCAAUUGGACGGCUGGUAGACGGUGAGAACAGCUCUUGAUAUGAAAGCCGGUCCAUUUUACCUUUCUGUAUCCGUACCACUGCUAAUUUUACUGUUAUUAUGCAUUUCAAACUGUUUUUACGGCACGACUAUACUUUAAGAAAUUAGGUCAGAGAAGACAAUCAUACCUCGCGGGACUCGUAUUGGGGGAAAUUAUAAAGAGAACAUAAACAACAUAAGUCAAAGCCAGUGUUCUGCCAGUAAACAAAUCGUCACUGAGCUACCUUGUCAACGGAGGUUUGCUGAUCCCCAACUGUGCUACAGUUAUAUCAAAAGACGAUCUUAAGGAGGGCUUUCUGUAAAUGCGAAAACACAAUGUGCAGUGGGACAGGAAUAGCGCGAUUCAUUUUUACCUCGAAGUGAGCAUUGAAGUCGUGCCAAUAAUGAACUUAAUAUAUUUUUCACGUUUUCACAUAUUGAAAUGUUACAAAGCAUCAUCCUGACGCACUGCUACCAUGUAUCGUAAUGAUCACCAUGACCAACCCUAUAUUGUAGCUAUAGGUAAUACGUAGACGUGUAAUACUCAGUCUAAAUGCAGUAUAACAACGAGCCCGUAAUUGUUACUAAUAAUACAACAUUCGCAACAGAAUAGUACUAAUUGUUUAGGUCAUAUGUUUUGUUACCAUAUUCCUGUCUCUUUACCAACUACUGUACGUCUAGGUACAUUUAUAUCUAUAUAUAAAGUAUCAUGUGUACACGUAUUCGUGCUAGUUGAAUUAAAACAUUUUGAACCGUAACAUGAGUUAUGAAGGUAUACAUUUAGAACAGCUGGUCGGUGUACUACAGUAAACGAGUAGCCACGAGUGUGUGCGAUGUUACAAGGCAUGACGCCGCUAGUGCCCGUCAAUAUCCAACGUUUACGUCUGUGAGCUUACAUUCGGAUUUAAGUGCUGUGUUUACAAGGAAAUCUUAUAUCAAUCGUUGCCGAUAAGAUGAAGCUGGAAGCCAAAUGGUUUUGCCGACUGACUGCGAUUUGCGUUUUAUCCAACAUGAUUGGAAUAUCCCUUUAUUACAGCCAGUAUUUUAUUAACACGUUAAUACAUGUAGCACCUGUCAAAGAAUUCUCAAACGAAUAUCCGUCACAUAGCACCGAUGCGACUAAUUGGACAAUUACACUUCGAAACAUGACAAACACAACUGGAAAACAAAUAAAAAAUAUAUAUUUCUAUAAUCCCCAGUUUUAUCACGUGUUCAAUGAUUGGAUUUCAGGAACUUGGGGAACGUCGAAGAAAUUUGAAGGUUGUCCCGUAUCUGAAUGCAUUGUCACAAAAGGAAAAAUCCCAAUUGAAAAAAUCGAUGCAAUUAUGUUUAAGCCAAGAGACAUGAGUUAUUGUCCUCCGAUCAAACCUCUGGGACAAGUGUGGAUAUUUGUUGAAUUUGAAACACCAAACUAUUAUUUUCGAACAAAAUGUUUUUAUGAUCUUAAAAAUAAAGUGAAUUGGACAAUGACAUAUCGGCGUGAUGCAGAUUUCCCUGUUGCACAUGGUUAUUUCAGGAGAGGCAACAAACGUAAAUACAGCCAGAAGGAUCUGGACGAUAUUUUUGCAAAGAAAAACAAGACAGCUGUUGUUUUUAUAAGUCAUUGUCCCACUGUUGGCAAAAGGUUGCAAUUUAUUAAAUUGUUACAGUCAUAUGGAAUACAAGUAGAUGUGUUUGGUUUAUGUGGAACCAAAACUUUAAAAGAUUGUGGAAAUGAAGAUCGCUACAAGGCAUCAUUUAACGUAUCGGGGGAAUUGAAACCCGAUUGUUUUGGGACUGUUCUAUCACAAUAUAAGUUUUUUCUGUCGUUAGAAAAUUCCCUCUGCAUGGAUUAUACCACAGAAAAAUCUCUUCACCGGAUUAUGCAACAUCCUAUCAUACCAGUGAUACGAGAUGGAAGCAAUGCUUCCAUUUUUCAUCCACCUCAUUCCUACAUCCACACAAGCAACUACGGAUCUGUUAAGGAGCUAGCCCAGCACAUGAAGAUGUUGUCUGCCAACAAAACAGCCUAUUUAGAUUAUUUUCAAUGGAAACAACACUACCAUACUGAAGAUAUGUACAAGGAAUGGAAUUCAGCAUUUUGUAGGAUAUGUGAAAGACUUCACUACCCUGAAAAGUACAGGCGCGUUUAUCGUGAUAUUGCAGCUUGGCACAUAUCCCCUGGUGGAAAACAUGUUUGUCAUGGCCCAAUGGAUCUCCGCUGAUUAACGGAACAGCAGGUAGGCCAUAUCUCGCGGAUCUCAACUCCUUAGAUUUACAGGAAGGGGAAAGAUAUCUUGUAUGAUUGAAAGGAAAGAACAUGAUGGAUUUACGGUCGACCUCAAUCGGUAAUGAAAUUAUAUACCUAAUGCUUUAAAACCCGGUCAUUCCAUAAUCGCGAUUUUUUUUAUUUUUUUUUGACAGUUAUUUGAAAAACACGUAUGUCAAAGUUUUAUGGCACUCAACUCGUAGGACUAACAGAAAAGCACGUGCGUCAUUGGUCAAUGGACCUCGACUGGUAAGUUUGACAGGAAUGCAUGUGCAUCAUGGUCCUAUAGAUUUUACCAAGUAAGAUAACCAAUAAGUGGGUGUGCCAUCGGACUAUGGAUCCAGACUUGGUAAGAUUAAUAAUGUGCCUGUAAUAUUUUAAAGACUGACCUGAUCAGAGUCAUUUAAGCGGAACGUAUGGUGUAAGAUUUCAACACUAUUUACAUUCGAUCCAUAUACACUACAUUUUCUGAGUCAAAUAUGCGUCAUGGAAUUUGGACACACGUACGUGUUUGAGUCACAGGCAUUAGUGUGUUUAAUAUUUAAACAGGUAAAGUUAUGUUAGAACAAUAAGUUUAUCUUAUUGCAGAACGGUUAAUAUUUACAUGGUGCCAAUGUUUGCUUAUUUUGUGAAGUUGGUACAAGAAUUAAAAACAGAAAUUUGCACGAAUUUAUUCCCCUAUUUUACAUGUAAUUUCCAUUAUUUCAAUUCAGACUUUAUAUACAACAGAAAGACUUUAUCCGGGAAUUCGUCUCAUAUUUAUUCGUUGCUCGUGCAAUUGGUUGGAGUCCUGUCUAUAAAAUUGUGAACUUGUUAAAUACUUAGGGUAACCGGCCGAUGAUGUACAUGCAUCAUAUGUUAUGAAAGAACUACUUGUAAAGUAUAUAUAUUGCUGCGUCCAUAUAUAUUUUGAUUGUAUACACCUUAUUUUUUUCUUUUAAUUGAGGAUUGGACAAGAUAAAACAUGGGUCUAUUGUUGUAUAGACCCAACACUGGAGUGUACUACCUAGAGUGAAGUUUAUUCAGAGUGUACUGCGGUUUACGGUCUAUACAUCAAUAGACCAAUUUAUAAUCUUGUCUAAUCCUUAUAAUUUAUUUUUGAUACCAGAAAAGAAAACUAAAAAAACACAAAAUACGUGUCCUUUUUUUUCGACAACAAUCAUAUUUUUUUAUGUGAAUGGCGAGACGGCUUUUAUGUUGAUCAGUCAAAGGCCGUGUUCUAAGUUCCUCAGGCGCAUGAUUCAUAUUCAUUCUCUUAAACAAUUACCAAACAGGGUCAUGUCUAGAUCUUUACUAGUCGUCGGGAUUAUUUCAAUAGCAUCUGUUCUAAAAUUGAAUUUUAUGUUCGGAUUUCCAACGUCAAAAUUCAUGGAAGCAGACCAUCAUUUAAGUUUGACGUUGUGUACAACGUCUGCAAAAUAGGUUCAUAUUUAUUAUCACUUUGAUUGACUGUAAACACAAACCAAUGAAAAAACGUGUUACAAACAAUAUCAAGUUAUCAGCAUUUCACCAAAAUUCUUUUUCUUCACUGAUAUAAAAAUCAAAAUUAAAAUAAAAGAAUAAUUUUAAAAUUGGUCACAAAUUGAGAAAAAAACGUUUUACAUUCCAGUAUUACGAACCAUAAGCAUGAUUUGUCGUCAAAGACCUAGAUAAGCUUAGGUUGUUGACAUAGCUAGGGAAUCUAAAUAAGUUAUGCCUCUUCCGUGCCGAAGUGGAAAUUAGUCAAAAAGAAAUUUAAUUAAAGUAAUAUAUAGU